GAGUGUUGGAUGGUGCAAUUUUUUGUCUUAUUUCCAGAUUCAAUUCAAAGAGUUUUAGAGCGUAUUAAUCGAUUGAAGGGGGUUCAAUUGAAAAACAAUAGUGUGCCGCAGUGUUUGAUCGCUUCUGUGCUAGUGUGGGAACAACAUUUCGCUGAAAUUUGUGACAUUCCUGUAGUGGCGAGACAGCGCACUAUGAACUAGGUUUGCCUCUUGCUCGCUUCCUUCGUGUAUGAAUGAGUAAAGAAAAAGUACGUUGUGUGGAUGAGCAAAAUUAAAAGGCAAACUAUCGUGCAGAUUGUCGAGCCUCUGCGAUUCUAGAAGCCGAAGCAUUUUAUUCGGAAGUCAUCAGAUGCAGAGUUACAGUAUAGUCAAUUGAGUCCUAUCAAACAGUUUUCAAAACUGUAUAUUCUAUUGUGAAUGUAUAAAUCAAUAGCAUAUCUGUACGAACCACAAUGCAAAGUUUGGAACCUGCAUCAUGUCAAGAAGCUGAUUACAUGUUAAAUGAUGCUUACUGUAAACUAAGAAAGUCUCCUUCGCGCCAGCAGACCUUGUUAAUCGAUCCGCCGCCUCAGUAUCCAAGUCUACCUAGUCCCAUUCUGAAUGACAGCACUCCACUGUUCAACACCAGCAGCAGCAGCAGUGCCACCAGUCCUCUCCCAUCGUCAUCAUAUGCUACGCUAAGUGGAAUCCAGUCAACUUCGCCACCUGAAACACUUCUCGCAACGCCGUCUACUUCGUUAUCUUCCUCUUGUCUUGGUUCCGGCAGUGCCAGUUCGACCUCCCAGCUGUUUAAGUUAUCGACGAGUAGCAGUGUUUCGGCCAACAGUUUAUCACUCAGCAAUCACCAUCACAUCGACAAGAGGGGAGCGACUGAUUCCGGCUAUGUCAGUAGCUCCCCAUCAAAAAAGUCGAAACUAUCUUCCUCGGCCGGAUCACUAACACCAUCAACAUCAGGGUCUUCAUCAAUCAACAGUUCUUCCACCGGCGCCACUAAUUUUGCCGGUAGUAGCAGCAGCAGUAGUAGCAAUCACCACCAUCAUCAUUCGCAUCAUCAUGUUCAGUAUCAUGGCGGUGGCAGUAGCAGCGGCAGCCAUCCGUAUGGAUCCGCAGCUUCUCCCUCGUCCGCUAGUCUUGGAAUUGUCACUGGGCCAUCGUCGACUGGUGGAAGCACUCACGCCAACGGCAAGUUUAACAUACAUGACAAGCUUAGGGAAUUGUAUCUUGAAUUACUAGCUGAGGACAAUACUGAAACUAAUAGGCUUAACUUAAGGAAUACGUCGUUUCUGUUGGAAAAACUGGUGUUGCGAGAAAAUCUCAACACUCUGAUCCUAAAUCUCUAUCCCGGCAAUAAAGGAUAUUCGUUAGCAUUUAGAAGAGGAACUGAGCAAUCAUGUGAUGGAGGGCGAAAUAUCUCAAAAAGUGGUGCUAUAUCGUCGGAACGUGCCGGUUCACCCCUGUCGGGAACCGCCACGAUGGAUAUCAACUCCGAGCUACUCCAGGAGACGAUCCGGUGGCCGUACGAGGAAGAAGAACUGCUGGAGUGCAUCGACCGCGAGGAACUCCCGCUCGUACUUGUUGAUAUGUUCGAGACCAAAUGUCCUGGCUUAUUCUAUUCUGGAUGUGUGAUUGCGGAGAUUCGGGACUAUCGGCAGUCGUUUCCCAUCUUUACCUGUGAUACGUACCAUGUGCUGCUGAAACCGACUAACCAGACUUUAUUAGCCGACGUCAAUCUGCUUACCGCCGACGGCGAUUGGAGUCCGGAGGAGAAGCUCGCCCUGGAAAGUCAGCUGGUUUUGGCAACGGCCGAGCCUCUCUGUCUGGAUCCAAAUCCGGAGGUAGGCAUUAUGGCUAUCAACCAGCAGCACCGACGUCACAUCUUCAACACGACACCGAUUAGGCGACAGGCGAAAAAGUUUUCCCAGGUCGCCAUCAAUCGUAAAAGGAAAACGGAUCAGUUUACUCACAGUUUCGGGCUGGAACUGAGCGACUUCAUGACAAAGUACCGGGCAAAGCCGCGCCAGUACGCAGCGACCAAACGAAGCGUGGUUAGUUUCACACUGCCGAAGAAACCAUCCGAUGUGAGUCCAACGGUUAAUGUACCGAAUCUGGAACUGCCCGAGUUGGCAACUCCGACGGAUGUAAACGUGGAGAAAUUUGCACGAAAGUAUGAUGGGCCUAAGGAAAGUAGGGAUUGUAUACCGCAGCUUAUUGAGGAGUACAUUCUGGAGACGGACCGGGUCGUUAGUCGGGGUGAUACACGGACGUACCAUAUAAAGCUUUCGAUUUUUCAACGACCGUCCAACUCGGAAUAUCUGGGAGAGUUGUACGUUGAUCGGGACUAUCGGGAGAAUGAGCGAAAUGGAGAGGCAUGUCAGUUCACGUUAGGAACUCGAGCGCAUGCACAUCGUUACAUACAACAAUUUACCGAGAUUUUUACGGAAGAAGGUAGAAAGUCAGUUAAGAUUACCCACUUAGUACCAGGUCAGAUACCAAAGGUGCUCCAUACUGCUGGAAUGCGAGAGCAAAGUGUGCAGCAGCAACAACAACAACAACAGCAACAUCAACAACAGCAGCAUCAGCUGCAGCAACAACAAGCAAUUCAACAGCAGCAUGCUCAUAUCCAACAACAAGCCCACAUUCAACAGCAAAUUUCGCAAAUUCAGCAACAGCUUCAGUCUCAUCCCACGCAUGCUUUAAUAACCAGACUGCAAGCAACUAAUCCAGCGUUGGUGUCCCAGAUCGCAUCAGCUGGUGGAAAUAUAACGAUUAAUGCUACGAAUUCGAGUGCGCUUCCAGGCAAUCAUCAGCAGCAACAGCCGCAGCAAGCGCAAAUCGUUCAACAGCAACUUACUCAACCACAGAUCAUAACCGCUGGUCCGUCCACCAACAUAAUUACUAUUGGAGGGGCUACGCUUCAGCAGCAUCAACAGCAGCAACAGAUUCAAAUUCAACAACAACAGCAACUUCCAACCCAGCAUCAGCUGUUGGCAACGACUGCUGGACAUCAACAAAUUUUCACCACCUGUGAUACUUCCACCAGUUCCAAUUCACAACAGCCAGUGGGCACUACGAUCACUCUUCACCAGCAACAACAGCAUCAGCAACAGCAGCAGCAGCAACAACAACAGCAGGUGCAACAAAUCCAAGCGCAAACACAUCAACCACAACAGCAAACACUUAGUCUCAGCAAUGGUUCAUUAUUACUAGUUCAACCAACCGGUCAAAUUUCGAAUUUGACGGCUACUGCUGGUGGCAAUCAUCAGACUGGUGCGGGGAACACUACCGUCGGAACGCAAAAUAUUCAAGGCUUUACCUUCACAUCAGCUCCACAAACUGCCACUAUCAUCAAUCAGGGUACCACGAGUUCUGCAGGGAAUCGCGUUCCAUUGCUGGUCAGACUAGAUAAUAAGGCUUCACAGCAGUUACAACAGCAGCAACAACAGCAACAGCAGCAGCAUCAACAACAACAGCAAACUCAACAUGUUCAAUCUCAACAGCAAAAUCAAAGCACUACUACCACAAUUCAUACAAACAAUCCGGAGAUUGACGCCAUCGCUCUUAGCAUAAUGAACUCUGCCAACCAAUUCCGCCAGCAACAGCAGCAGCAACAACAACAGCAGCAGCAGCAGCAACAACAACAACAACAACAACAGCAGCAACAGCAACAACACCAGCAGCAGCAACAACACGCGGUUAAAUCAAAUUCUAAUGCUGCUAUCAUAAGUCUGUUGAAUAGUGCUCCGGCUGCCAUGACCAAUUCAUCUGUGCUAAGUAGCAGUUUGACUGUACCGGUUGGAAAGACUGGUACUGAAUUGCACCAGCAACAAACGGUCCAGCAGCAACAACCACAACACACGAUACAUCAUCAUCAGGUGACGGGCACGACAACAAUAUCUGGAAGUGCAGCUGCUGCACUGUUCAAUAGUGUCGGUGGACGAAAAAUACAAAUUCAACAACCCGGUAGCCAGAGGAUACUGAAUCACACAAACCUGAUUGCCGUCAGUAGUAAUCCAACCAAUGGUGGUAUGGGACAAACCCAGUUAAUCAAUAUUCAAUCGGCUCCUGUCAGUGCAGGUGAUCAUCAACAGCAGCAAGUGCAGCAACACAUGCAACCCUCCAACAUUCGUGUGACGAUGUCUGCGUUAGCUUCCCAGCUGGCGUCACCUCCCGCCAUUCUUACCACCUCAAAUGUUCCACAGAGCUUUAACGUAGUUGCUGCUACCGGAAACUCAACUGGUCAGAAUUAUAACAAUGCAAAUAACAAUACCACCAGCAAAUUGAUAAUCAACAGUACAAAUCAACGAAUACUGAACAUCAAUACGAACAGCGCCAAUAGUUCGUCUGCGGCUGCAGCAGUUGCAGCUGCUUUGGGUGGGGCAAUCCGUCGAGUGAGUAGCACUGGUGGCGAUGGAAGCGGAGGUAUACAGUUGCAAAUUCAGGGCGCGGAUGGUAUUCGACGAAUCACAACCGGUAAUGGAAAUGAUAUACAGCUCCAGAUCCAAGGAAUAUCGUCACCCGGUUCGGAUCAUUCGAAUGCUUCAUCAUCGACCUCUGUAAAUGCUGCUGUGAGUAGCACAAGUGGGUCUGGUACCGGGGCAGGCACAACCGGCAACAUCAUAUUUAAUAACAUGUCAGGUCUAAGUGCAUUACUGGCAAACACCACAUCUCCAUCUCCUCAGCAGCAGGCGGCAUCCGCUGCAGUGGUGGAUAGCGGUUCUGCACUCACCGUGACAAACACCUCUAAUCUAGGCAGUAACAAUAGUAGUAACAACACUAGUAAUAAUAAUUCAGCAUUAAUCGAAAGACUGACUUCAUCUAGUAAUAUAAACCUAACCAAUAACCUUCCGAAUGCGAGCCCCGGCCUGCAGUUCACGAUACCAUCGCCUAAGACGCCCCAGCAACAGCAAUCUCAGCAGCAGCAUUUGCAAAUACAGUCCCCAUCAUCAUCGAUAUCGCCACUCUCUAGUCCUCCGCCGUCGGUUACGCUUCAUCCACAACAACAACAGCAGCAGCAGCAACAACAGCAGGUUCAGCAAAUUCAGCAGCAGCAGCAACAACAACAACAACAGAUACAGCAUCACCAUCAGCCCCAUCAAACGACCGUUAACCUACAGGGACUGAACUUUGCUAGUCUGCACGGUGCAAUGACGUCGAUUCCGGGGCUGCAGAAUGUUCAGGUUCAAAUCCCCGGACUGGCGCAACCAAUUUCCCUGACUCUUUCUUCCGCUCCGUCCACCGGUGCGACCAGUGUACUGAACGCAGCCAACAAUAGUGCCGCAGGCGGUAACACCGGUCAUCACCAGACCACCAGCCUACUGGUAUCCGUUCCGGUGUCCAACGCUGGCAGUGCUGGUGCUGCCCAGUUGAAUGCGCUAAAUACUGCUGGAAAUACUGCUACCAGUGUGGCCGGAAGUGCGACGGCCAACAUUCUCAGUGCAAAUUCCCAAGCCGCUACACAAACGGUGGUUCUCGCCAACCCCCAGACAAGUGUUGGUGGAUCUAGUCUGCUCUCUUUGCCAAUUGCUCAAAUUGUGACCUCCGGAAUGAAAGGACUGGGCCAGCAGAGUAUACGUGCAGGAACGCCCCUGACAGUCAACACGGGUCAACCAGGUCAGCAAAUACAGCUGCUCAAUAUUAGCCAACGGUCACGAAGCGGUCAGCUUCCAGUGGUAACAUCAGUUACAACACCCAUCACCGCCAAACAGAUUGCCGCUCGGGUAGCUCAACAGCGGGCAAUGUCCGGAUCGACGCUGAAAAUUGCAACACCAAUAUCAGCAGCCACACAUCACGGUCAACAACAGCUGGGUCAAACGUUGAAUGUGACUAGCGGUGGUGCGGCUCCGAAUCAAUUGGUCAUGACAACCAAACAACUUCAGCUCAAGCUUCAACAGCAGCAACACCAGGUCCAACAACAGCAACAGACCCAACAGAUAAUGACCACUUCCAACCAAGCCGCCGCCACACAGAUUCACAUACAACAGCAUCAGCAACUGGCGCAAGCCCAGCAACAGCUGCAGCAGCAGGUGCAUGCACAGCAGCAUCAGCAGCAGCAACAGCAGACCCAGCAAAUCAGUAUCAUCAACAACAGCGUCGUAUCGCCGCUUCCUCUGCCAACCAUCACACCCCCGCCACCACCGCAAUCCGUUUCACACCAUCAGAGCGUGGUUAACGCGCUAGCAGGUAAAAAUCGACGAAGAUCCGCGGCGGACAUGAAUAAGUAAGCAAAUUCAUCUCCAGAAUAAUGUUCUUUUGUUUCUCUGCCUCUGCAAUUAAACUGCCGAAGCAGCCCGUGCAUACAACAUGCACACGGUAAACACGCGAAAACCAUUCACGACAACAGCUCCUUUUUAGUCACUUUAGCUUUAAGAACAAAUUAGCAAUGUCUCCCCGCAUCGCGCUAUGUCGAGACGGUCCUAUUAAGCAGGGUUUAUUUGAUCAAGGAAUAAACAAAGUUUUUUUUUAUUUAAA